AUGUUGACCGAUGCCCUCGUGCUCUCCGAGCCAGGCGCUCGUUUCAAGUACCGCAAAGUCUCAUUACUGGAUACCCUCGAAUCAAAUGAAUGCCGUGUCCGCAUCAAAGCCAGCGGUAUCUGCCACACCGAUAUUAACUUCGCCUCCAAGGAACGCGGCACGCCCGAGAACUUCCCCUGCAUCCUGGGCCAUGAAGGCGCCGGCACCGUAACCAAAGUUGGCUCUGCCGUCAACGACAUUGCCAUCAACGAUAACGUGAUCGUAACCUUCAGCUCAUGCGGCGAGUGCAAAUACUGCAACACCGGCCAUCCCUCAUACUGCGACCUCUGGUUCAAAUACAACUUCGGCUUCUCCCGCCUCGAUGGCUCGCAGACCGUUGCAGACCCCAAGACCGAGCAACCUAUCAAGGGCCACUUCUUCGGCCAAUCCUCCUUCGCGCGCGACAUCAUCGUCACAUCCGCCGCCCUAGUGGUAGUCCCCUCUCCCGCUCCCUCCUUCCACCUUCUCGCCCCACUAGGCUGCGGCGUCAUGACCGGCGCAGGCACGAUGCUCAACAUCCUGCAACCCACCUCCUCCGACUCAGUCUGCAUCCUCGGCACCGGCGCCGUCGGCCUUUCCGCCAUCAUGGCCUGCCGCACCCUCCCACAACCGCCCCGCCGCAUCAUCGCCGUCGACACCGUCCCCGCCCGCCUCGAGCUGGCGCGCAAGUACGGCGCCACCCACGGCGUCAACUCCACGCGCGGCGCCGACCUCAUGGCCACGCUGAUGGACAUCACGCGCGGCGCCGGCGUCGAUGCCAGCGUCGACACCACCGCCGUGCCCAGCCUGGUCGAGCAGGUUAUUCACGCGACGGCGCGGCGUGGAAAGAUCGUCGCUGUAGGCGUCGGCGCGCUGGCGAAUCAGGUGCCCAUCAGCACCUUUGAGGCCGUGCAGGCCGGGUUCACGUACCAGGGCAGUAAUCAGGGGGAUAGCGAGCCCAGGACGUUUCUGCCGUGGCUGCUCGAGCGAAAUAAGGAGGGAAGGUUCCCGUACCACGAGCUUGUGCAGACGUAUCCGGUCAAGGAGGUGGCCAGGGCGGUGAGUGAUGUCAAGGAGGGGAAGGUGGUCAAGGCGGUGUUGCUGUGGGAUUAG